AAAUAUCAGUUGUCUCUCCCCUAUCAUCGACCCUCACCCUAAAACUUGCGUCAGUUUGAUAUAUAUGACAAGGCCCUUGAGCUACUUCCAGCCUUGUCUGCACCCGUGCACACAUAAAUUCAUGUUCCCAAGACCAUUUAGCGGCAAGCUAGUGGUGGGGUUGCGCCCUUUUUCCCGAUAAAGUCAAUUGCGAUCUUUGACUGCAGGAUCGAGUUGAUCGAGGUCGAGGGUCCGAUUUGCUGGUCGCUGUGCCGAGGGUGUGAGUGAGCAUGCCGAGCUCGAUCGCGAUAGGGUCCCGUGGGUGGGAGAACAUGCGUGUCCGGUCUUCUAGAAGGAUGGGCAACAGGGACUGGCCUCGAGGCUCGCGUUGCGUCGUUGGAGACGAUGAUAGAGGUAGUACAUGCAAUAUUGGACCCAUAUCAUCAUCUGUCCCUACCGAGUGCUUCUUCGGAUGCAGUACAUACCCCCUCGCGCUUCCAGUUAUCUCCAAGGUUCUUUCGUCUACACAAGGGAAUAUGUCGUCGAAUAUCUGUGUCAUGAUCCGUUAGUCCAUUCUGAAGAACGACGUCGAACUUGUCACCCUCUUUUUCCGU